GGCAGAUCUAUGAAACAUCGGACCAUGAUUUAACUUGCCGAACUAAUGCAGAAACAGCAUGACCCUGAUCUAUGAUAUUAAGGGAAGCCACACACUUCUGCUAUAUAUUGCUGAUGUCCGCGACGGCCUCUGGAGUAUGCGCAUGUGCAUCGCCUAAUAAUGAUGACUCGGUUAGCCCCCUAAAGGCUGAUAGAUGGCUGGGGCGGGAACUAUGGCCAUUCGGCUAAGGCAAAUCUUCAGAGGCGAUGCAGCGUUAUUAAGUACCAAAAGCAUGCGGGUCUCC